CUCCCGCCCCACGCCCCGGCGCCCGCCGGAUAUAUAGCGUCGCCGAGCCGAGCGGCAGCGUCGCGGGCUGAGCCCUCGUCGACCUGGAGCGGGAUCGAGAGCCGGCGCAGCGACACCGGCGCCGCAGGAGCAGGGAACAAGGGUUGAGUGGAGGAGAUAGUCCUUUCUAGUAGGAUCUGACAUUCACUUCUCCUGAGCCUCUUGCCAGAGCUGUGAAAGGGAAAAGGAGGAAUCAUGUCGAUGAUUGCAGCUUUUUAUAGCAGCAAGUCCAUUCUCAUCACUGGGGCCACCGGCUUCCUGGGCAAAGUGCUGAUGGAGAAGCUGUUUCGCACCAGCCCAGAUCUCAAAAUCAUUUACAUCCUUGUGCGGCCCAAGGCUGGCCAGACGCUCCAACAGAGAGUUUUCCAGAUCCUGAACAGUAAGCUGUUUGAGAAAGUCAAAGAAAUUUGCCCAGAUGUGCACGAGAAGAUCAGACCUAUUAGUGCAGAUCUCAAUCAGCAUGACUUUGGCAUCAGCAAGGAAGACAUGGAGGAGCUUCUGUCUUCCACCAACGUUAUCUUCCACUGUGCAGCCACCGUACGAUUUGAUGACCCUCUGAGACACGCCGUGCAGCUGAAUGUCACUGCUACUCAGCAGCUACUGUUUAUGGCCAGCCAGAUGCCCAAGCUCGAAGCCUUCAUACACCUCUCCACGGCCUUUUCUAACUGCAACCUGCAGCACAUAGAUGAAGUGAUCUACCCGUGUUCUGUGGAGCCGAAGAAAAUCAUUGACUCCAUGGAGUGGUUGGAUGAUGCAAUCAUUGAUGAGAUCACUCCCAAGCUGAUUGGGGACCGGCCCAACACCUACACCUACACCAAGGCCCUGGGAGAGAUCGUGGUGCAGCAGGAAGGCGCGAACAUGAAUGUUGCCAUCAUCAGGCCCUCCAUCGUGGGGGCCACCUGGCAGGAACCCUUCCCAGGUUGGGUUGAUAACCUUAAUGGGCCCAGUGGGAUGAUUAUUGCGGCUGGGAAAGGGUUUCUUCGGUCCAUCAAAGCUACUCCACUGGCCAUUGCGGAUUUAAUCCCAGCAGAUACAGUUAUCAAUCUCACCUUAGCAGCAGGCUGGUAUACUGCAGUACACAGACCUAAAUCAACGUUAAUCUACCACUGUACAUCUGGUAAUCUCAAUCCCUGUAACUGGCUCAAGAUGGGAUUACACGUUUUGGAAACCUUUGAAAAGGUCCCAUUUGAGAAAGCUUUCAGGAGACCAAAGGCUAACUUCACAACCACCAGCUUCACAAACCACUACUGGAACGCAGUCAGCCACCGGGCCCCUGCCGUCAUCUACGACAUCUACCUGCGGCUUACUGGGAGAAAGCCCAGGGUGACAAAGCUCAUGAACCGAAUGCUCAGAAUGCUCUCCAUGCUGGAGUACUUCGUCAACCACAGCUGGGAGUGGAGCACACACAACACAGAGAUGCUGAUGUCGAUGCUGAGUCCUGAGGACCAGAGGAUGUUCAACUUCGACGUGCGCCAGCUCAACUGGCUGGAGUACAUCGAGAACUACGUGCUGGGAGUGAAGAAGUACUUGCUGAAAGAGGACAUGGCAGGGAUCCCGGAAGCCAGGCAACACUUGAAAAGGCUCCGAAACAUUCACUACCUCUUUAAUGUCGCCCUCUUUCUCAUCAUCUGGCGCCUGCUCAUUGCACGAUGGCAGAUGGCACGGAACAUCUGGUUCUUCAUUGUUACCUACUGCUUCAAGUUCCUGUCCUACUUCCGGGCAUCCAGCACACUUAAGUUCUAAGAACGUGCAGCAGUCAGCUUCACUGGCACCCUUCCAUACCUCUAGAACAGUAAGCUGUGGUUCUCACGACUGGGAAGUAAUGAGUGUGCCCAUGCUCUCCAGUGGCAAACAUGACUGUGUAUUCAGCCCUGUUUCCUAACGGUACAUUCUUUUUAUUUCAGCAAGAGAACGUACGUCAUAAGCCCACCUAUAGCUGUAUGUAUUUUAUGAAAAAGUCACUUCCAGAUGGUUUUCUGAUACUCUAUGCUCCUGCACAUUAAACAUCAAAGUGCUACCGUUGUUCUACAUUUAGCUUUUAAGACAGUUAAUUCAACACAAUAAAUAUGGAGAAACACAGGGUAAAAGCCAAAAGCUUUAAGACAAAAGGCAGAACGUUUGAGCCCUAGAAAUCAAGGUAAGAAUAGGGCUCUAAACAUCCUCAUAGAAGCUGUGAAACACCACUGCCAUGGGAAAUGUCUAAAUCUUGGCGGGGAGGGGGCGACACUAGAAACAUUAAUUACGGUUUUACCAUUUUUAUAUAUGCUUCAGUCUAGAAAUUAGUAUAAAUAAUACACAUAGUAUGAGAACUUAAACAUUUAUAUUAGGGACUCUAGUCUUCUCACAGUGGAAGUUUUAUUCUACAUCUUUUUAAUCAGUAGUUUUCCUGAUCUUUAUUUCUUGGAGACAGGGUCUUGCAAGAUCUCAGGUUGGUCUUGAACUCAAGAAUUCUCCUGUCUCAGCUUCCCAAGUUUUGGGAUUACAGCCAUGUAUCAUCAUACCUGGCUUUCCUGAUAAUCUUGAGUUAUCUUCUUACUCACUGAAGUUUUUCGAAGCCUUUAUAUUUAAGGUUAUUUUACUGGGGCCUCAGCUGGUGUGGCUAACUGGAGAGGGAAAAGCUCUCAUAGAUCAGAAUUAUAAAAAUCUAGGCACCUAAUCUUUCUCAUUAAAGAAAGCAAAAUUUGAGAUAAAAACUUAAAAUUCUAAUUUUAGUGUUUCAUAAAGUGGACAAGAUCACAGGAGGUAAGAGUUCUGACCAUUCUAACUCUAUGUUAACCGUACAAUACAGUGUACCAUAGAGAAGCAGAGGCUUAUUUUGCUUAAAAUGUUUUCCAUAUAUUACAUAGUAAAAACGUUAUAUUUUCAGAUUUCUGUACUAAUAAUUGUUAUUCCCACUUUCCUCAUCUUUUGAGAUCAGUGCAUGUUAGGUUUUUUUGGUUUUUUUUUUUGCUAACAUGUACUAUUACUCAAAUAUAGCAUCUGGGACCCAACUAACUAAAAAGUAAUCAUUAUAUAACCAGUUGAAAACUACACAGGUUUAAAAUGUUAACACAGAAUAAAAUGUUUCUGCUCACUUUUUAGAAUAACUGAUAUUCAAGAAGUGCACAAAUUCCUACAGGCAGUAGAGUAUUUGAGACCUUCCUGGGUUACAUGGAGGCAUUUUGGGGAAACCCUUCUGCAGUGACUUUUCCACAUAAUCUAAGAUCUGGGGACCACUGUCCAUGGCAGAAAACUCCGCUCUGAGCAAGCACUGCUGUUGUGUACUUUGAGAUGCCUGCAUAAUACUUCUGAGACACAGCAGUUAAAAUAAAAAUUAUGGGGAUAAAAUUAUGAAAUCAGUAUUCAAUGGAAUUGGAUAAAAAUGGUUCUAAGAAUUGACUAUCUUUUAAUUACUGUAAGUUUGAUCACUUCAUUAACUCCACUGAUCACAUUUUGACUCUGGACUAAAUAAACUUUGAAUCAGAAAACA